GCAAGUUCCAUGGUUUCUUCAUCGCUCGGCACUAGUAUCAAACCCUAAAUUUUUAGCCCAAACAGCCCUGCAGAGGAUCCAUCCAUUACAAGGCCCGUCGAUUAAAAAUCCAGGCAAAACGACUGGACACUGGGCCCAUAAAGGUUGUAUGACAAACAAACACUUGUUAUUGGACGCGAUGGUUCUGGUGAACCUCGAACUCUGCAGCUGUGGUGUCGACUAUUGGGACCUGGAGCAAGCUGUGUGACCUAAGUAGAAAAUGACGAGGAAACGGCUCAUACACCUGUAAUGGUGGCUUCUGGGAUAUAAGGGUCUGAAAGACCUGCUCUGGAACUAUGGUUAUUUCAUACAAGAGCUACUCGCAAUCAUCUUAAUUCCGUCGUACUUUAUAAUCACCGACAUACAGUUUAUCGAUCAAUAACCAACAUGGCGCCACGUGUUAGCGAUGCGAUCAAGGAGGAUCACCGUGAACUCGAACAAUACUAUGAUCGUAUCACUCAAUCGACUGACCAGGACGAGCAGACGAGGUAUCAGAACCUGUUCACCUGGGAACUAGCUCGUCAUUCCAUCGGAGAGGAGCUCGUAAUCUAUCCAGCAAUGGAGGAACAUGUCGCCAAUGGUAAAGCUCUGGCAGAGAAGGAUCGUAGGGAGCACCAGAGCGUCAAGGAACAAUUGAAGAAGUUUCAGAAUCUUAAGGCUUCAGAUGCAGACUUCAUCCCGACUAUCGAGGCUCUGAUGAAGGAUCUCGCGCCGCAUAUCAAAGAAGAGGAAACAACCGAUUUACCAGCUUUAGAGGAGGCCCUGUCCCCAGAAGACAGCGAAAAGCUUUCCAAGUCCUUUGGUCGAACCAAGAUGUUUGUGCCUUCUCGUUCUCACCCGAGUGCUCCGAGUAAGCCACCAUAUGAGACGGCUGUGGGCCUUCUUACAGCUCCCAUUGAUCACCUGGCGGAUCUUUUCCGCAAGUGGCCUGAUACCUCUACCAUGCCUAACCCGUCUACCGAGUGAAUCUUUUGUCCUUCAGUGAAAUUGUAAUGGGGGAAGCAACGUUUAGGGGCCGGCAAAAUAUAUGGUUCUGGGUAGCGGUGUAUGUAUUUGAAUAUCUUAAUGUAUAGUCGUCAUUUAAUGUUUUGUUGAGUUUGGUGUGUCUGAUUAUGUAUUGCGAAUUAUGAGAAAUGUUCUCUUUCCUUACCUUUUGACAGCGCUUUCGAAAUCAUGUAUGGUGCCAACAACAAAAUUAACGUUACUGGAAAC